AUGCCGUCCUACGCUGAUUACCUUCCUUCGGCGAAGGGUGGUAUUCUGCCCUACUACAUGCUCCUUCUUUCCCUAAUCUCUAUUGGCAACUCAGUGCAGAACCUCAUGACCCUGCACUACUCGCGCCGCCUCUACGACGGCAAAUACGUCCGCAACACGAAACUCCCCGCCCGAUCCGCCACGUUCAAUCCGGAGGACUCGGUGGACAAGUACGUUCCCGCCCCCGCAGGCGCGACAGACAUUAUUGAUCAGGCAACGCCCCUUGCGGCCCGUUGCUUCGGCACCUGGACAUUCCUUACGAGCAUAGUCCGUCUCUACGCUGCGUAUCACCUGCGUCAUGCGCACAUGUAUGACCUCGCCAUCUGGACAUACGUUGUUGCGCUGGGCCACUUUGCCAGCGAGCUGUUCAUCUUCAAGAGCAUGUCCUUCGGCCUGCCACAGAUAUUCCCCUUUACUCUGGCUACUACUGCUCUGAUUUGGAUGCCACUGGUUCGCCCCUUCUACGUCGACAGCCCUUAG